UUGCUUGGUCAGGGAUUUACACAAUGGGAGCCACAGAUCCUGUGGGUUUGGUCAGGUAUAAAAGUAACAGUUAAAACAGGACCAACAUCACUGUGCCAACAACAUAGUUCUCUGAACUACUAACACCACAAUCAUGACCAUGGGCAAGAUCAUCUUCUACGAGGAGAGGAACUUCCAGGGUCGUUCCUAUGAGUGCAUGAGCGACUGCUCUGACACGUCCUCCUACCUGAGCAGGUGCCACUCCUGCAAGGUGGAGAGUGGCUGCUUCAUGGUCUACGACCGCCCCAACUACAUGGGAAACCAGUACUUCAUGAAGAGGGGCGAGUACGCUGACUACAUGAGCAUGAUGGGAAUGAGGGACUGCAUCAGGUCUUGCCGUAUGAUCCCCAUGCACAGAGGUCAGUUCAGGAUGAAGAUCUACGAGAGGGAGAACUUCGGUGGUCAGAGUCACGAGCUGAUGGACGACUGUGACAACAUCCAGGACCGUUACCGUAUGUCCGACUGCCAGUCCUGCCACGUGAUGGACGGCCACUGGCUGAUGUACGAGCAGCCCCACUACAGAGGCAGGCAGAUGUACAUGAGGCCCGGAGAGUACAGGAGCUUCAGGGACUUGGGCAUGAGUGGCAUGAGGUUCAUGAGCAUGAAGCGUAUCAUGGACAUGUAA